AUGUUAUCCUCUCAACUCCUCAUUUUACUCAUUAUUUCUCAAAUCGCCCUUUGUGACUCCGUUCCAUUUAUUUCAUGUUGUAAUGACUCUAAAGUCAAAGUUUUGAAAAUCGAAGGUACUCCAUGGCCACCAGUGAGUGGCGUUGACCUAACUCUCAGCAUCGAGGCGGAAGUUCUUGAAGAUUUGAAAUCCCUAUAUUUGAACGCAACAGCUUCGCAACGGUUGUCGAGGAAAUUUUGGAUACCAAUCAAUUCGGUUGUAAGAGACAUAUGCCGAUCAUCGCCAAUCCUUUGCCCCAUCAAACAGAAGAAAACAAUCAAAAUCAAAGAAACUUAUGAAAUCCCUCCUUCCACUCCAAUUAACUCGGAGUGGAAAUUAAAAAUGUCAUUCACAGCUGUGGACGGUGGAGAUGAAAUUGGGUGUAUUCUACUGGAUUCUACUGUUAUCAGGAUGUAA